AUGUCAUCGACACUGGCGCCAGCUCGUCAGGUUGGGCUGGACAGCCCCGGGUCUUCCAUCUUCGACUUGCCCUCCACUGCGAACCCCCGCCCCUCCAGCUCGCGUGCGCAAGGCGUGAAUACCGAAAUCCCCGAUUCCGAUGAUAUAUCGGAGCCGAGCUUCCUCGUCGUGUCGGGCGGGACUGGCUGCAACGCGAUAUGCUCUGCGUUUGGACAGAAUGCCUGCUACGUCCUCCCCGUUUCUGACGACGGAGGCUCUUCGAGCGAGAUCAUUCGUGUCAUAGGCGGUCCUUCGAUCGGCGACAUCCGGUCUCGGCUGGUCAGGUUGAUUCCACCUGCCCCACCUGGAUCGUCGCUGGACGCAAUUAGGGGCUUACUCGAACACAGGCUCUCCGCCGACGAGCAUGAAGCAAGGCAGAGGUGGAGAGAAAUCGUAGAAGGGCACAGCGACCUGUGGUCUGGAAUUCCUAACGACCGUAAGGAAACAAUAAGAGGCUUCCUCGUGUAUUUCGAAUCAGAGCUACUUCGGCGAGCACACAAAAGCUUCUCAUUCCUGAAUGGAAGCGUUGGCAACUUCUUCAUCGCGGCGACUACUUCCUUCUUCAGGUCUCUCCCUUCAGCCAUCUUUCUCUUCUCGAGCAUCACCCAGAGUCAGGCCAAUAUUCUGCCCGUGAUAGUGACUAAUCACACAGUGACUAUAGCCGCUGAGCUCG